UGCAUGUCUUGGUCACAACCAAUAUUUAUGUCCAAAUUCCACAUGCUUUAAACUCCAAAAAAAAAAAACUUCAAAACCAACAUUUUUGUGCUCAAAUCAUCAACACCUAUUGCUUGUGUCAGAACAUACAAAUCAAGCAACAUAAUUAGUAUAGAAAAUCUAGAGCAAGAAGUGGGAUUUUGUUUUUGUUCCAAAAAAUAUCAUCUGAAUCUUUGAAAAAUGGGAGAAAUGGAGAGGCUUUAGUCUCUAGUCUUUGUUUUAUUCUUGUCACUAAUUUUAUUAAUGUAUGUUUCGUUUCGUUUCUUUUUCAUUUGUACUGUUUCUUGAGCAUCUUGCUUGAGUUUUUAUAAAAUUCCGCCCUUUUUCAAAAAAAAAAAAAAAGAAUCUUUGAAAAAUGGCAUUAGAGUAACUUCAAAAUGGCUAGUUUUCAUUGUGACAAAACAGAGAAUAUUUGUUUUUGGUUUGAUUUCAGAAGGAGACAAGAAGAAGGCAAAUGCACAAAACAAAAACAAAAACAAGAAACAGAUUUGUUUGGAAGAAGAAGAAGAAGAAUAGUACAUACAAGAAUGGAUUUCACUUUUCAUUUUCUAAUCAUUUCCUCCUUUGUUUUCUUCCUCUUGUUGUCUUCAACCGCAAUCUCCGCCUCACAAUUCGAUGAUUUUCGGCGACUGAAUCAAACUUUUCGGCCCGGAGAAGAGUCAAAGAAAAUGAAAUUAAUUAGAACCCAUCUGUUGAAAAUCAACAAGCCUUCUGUCAAAACAAUCCAGAGCCCAGAUGGGGAUAUAUUGGAUUGUGUCAUGGUUCAUCAUCAGCCAGCUUUUGAUCAUCCUGUGCUCAAAGGAACCAAGCCAUUGAACCCUCCAGAUAGACCAAAUGGGCAUCAUCAUGCAGGGAUGGAGUUAGAAAACUAUCAAUUAUGGAGUUUAUCCGGCGAGUACUGCCCCGAGGGAACAAUUCCGAUCAGAAGAACAACAGAACAAGAUAUUUUACGAGCAAAUUCUAUCAAACGAUUUGGUAGAAAAAUUGCAAGACCAGUUAGAAGAGAUUCUUCUAGUGGUGGCCAUGAGCAUGCAGUUGGUUAUGUGAGUGGAGACGAAUACUAUGGAGCAAAAGCAAGCAUAAACGUGUGGGAUCCAAAGGUGACGGAUCGAUUCGAGUUCAGUUUGUCGCAAAUGUGGGUGAUUUCGGGUGCUUUUGGUGAUGAUCUCAACACCAUUGAAGCUGGAUGGCAGGUUAGCCCAGAGUUGUAUGGGGACAACUACCCUAGAUUCUUCACUUAUUGGACUACUGAUGCGUAUCAAGCUACUGGAUGCUACAAUCUGCUUUGCUCGGGUUUUGUUCAAACAAAUAACAGAAUUGCGAUCGGCGCAGCCAUAUCUCCAACUUCGUCAUACAAUGGUGGACAAUUUGAUAUUAGUUUACUGAUAUGGAAGGACCCAAAGCAUGGGAACUGGUGGCUCGAAUUUGGAUCGGGGGUUUUGGUUGGAUACUGGCCGGCCUCUUUGUUCACUCAUCUUCGUGAUCAUGCAAGUAUGGUACAAUUCGGGGGCGAAAUUGUGAAUAGUCAACCCUCGGGUUCUCAUACUUCAACCCAAAUGGGAAGUGGCCAUUUCGCGGGGGAAGGGUUCGGGAAAGCCUCGUAUUUUCGUAACAUGCAAGUUGUGGAUUGGGAUAAUAGCUUAAUCCCAUUGUCUAAUUUGAAAGUAGUAGCUGAUAAUCCGAAUUGCUAUGAUAUUAGAGGUGGGAUUAAUAAUGUUUGGGGUAAUUAUAUUUAUUACGGUGGGCCUGGUAAAAACCCAAGAUGUCCCUAAAAUCGGUUGGACCGGGUUGCCCGUUUAGAGUACAAAUACGUGGGUGAAGGUUUUACCAACAGUUUUGUUAUUUGACUUCGAUUGGUUGAUCGAGUUUCUUUAUACACGGCUAUUCUUUCGAUUUUUCAAGCAUGUGACGGAAUUAUAGAUCGAUAAAAUGAUGUAAAUUUGGCAGUUUUGAUUUUAAAUGAUCCAUAUGUUUUCGUUUUA